AUGAAGGUCACCUCCAUUUUGAAUCUGAUUAUCACAGCUUCUCUAGUCAGAGCACUCAAUAUACCAAGUCUUAGCAAUACCACCAUCAUUGAUAAACGACAAACUACCUCGACCGCAUCAAGUAGCGAACGAUAUGUCUUUGCCCAUUUCAUGGUCGGAUUUGUGAAUUCGUACACCCAGGACGAUUGGGAUAGAGAUGUGGCACUGGCAGUUAGUAAAGGCAUAGAUGGAUUUGCGUUGAACUGUGACGGUCAAGAUGCAAACGCCCAACAACUUCAAUACGCAUUCACAGCAGCCUCUUCAUCAAAUUUCAAAUUAUUCAUCUCACCCGAUUUCGUACAUUAUUCAUACGAGGACCCCGGUCCCGUGUCGGAAUUACUCAAACUUUGGGUCACCCAAGGUGCAUAUUUCCAAUUUGAUGGUAAACCUUUCGUGAGCUCUUUCUGGGGUGAAGGAACGGAUUGGGUCAAAGUGAGGGAGAAUGUUGGAGUGGAUCUAUACGUUUGUCCGUAUUACUAUGCGAGUCAAGCUGCUGUGGACACGCCAGGUCUGGAUGGUCUGUUCUCUUGGAAAACAUGGCCAGGUGAAGGUCAAGAUACCGUCGUAUUCGAGAAUAUGACGACAGCUCCUGACGAAGAGUACUUGAGUCUAUUGGCGCCAUUGGAUAAAGCAUACAUGGCACCUGUAUCACCAUGGUUCUACUCCCACCUCCCAGCUUCGACUGGCUACGCGAAAAAUUAUCAUCUCUACUCCGAUACCCUCUGGCCUACAAGAUGGCAACAAAUCCUCGAUCUUGUCACUCAGUACCCUGACCAGGUAAGAUUCGUUGAAAUUAUCACAUGGAAUGAUUGGACCGAAUCAUCCUUGAUCACUCCGUACCGAGGAACGAUGGAGACCGAUGGUAUUAAAGAUUGGGCAGAAGAUUUUGAUCAUUCUGCUUUUAUGGAUAUGAUGGGUCCCUUCAUCUCUGCUUUCAAAGCUGGGAAUGCGCUACCAGAACUUACGGAGAAUAGGUUGGUGUGGUGGUAUAGACCGACUCUCAAAGCUGCAGAGUGCUCGGGUACUGAUAGCGUCGGUGAGAAGCCUCGAGGGUGGGAUAUGGCCGCAGACUCCGUUUUUCUAGCGGCACUUACCACUGGUCCAGCUACUGUGACGGUGACAAUUGGCGGUACAGCCUCAUCUCAGCAAGUUGACGGUGCAGGCGUACAUACCCUUGCGUUCCCCAUGAGCGUAGGAGGCGUGAGCUUCCAGAUGGAUGUAGAUGGCGGUGGAAGUGCAAGUGGACAAGGUGCCAUUGAGAUCUCGGACCAAUGUUAUAGAGGAGUUUAUAACUUUAAUGUUCUCGCCGGUACUGCCGCUGCUGACGGCACAACAUCUGGAACUUCCAACACCGGUGGAGCUUCUGCUCCUGUAUCUUCUGCAGCGGCGCCUUCUAGUACCGCUGGUGGAUCAGAUGAUUCAUCCGCUGAAUCCAUGGCGCCCGAUGGCGGUGUGGCGACCACUCAACAAUCAUCAUCUGCGUAUUCCACUCCUUCAGAUGGUGGUGUCGUUAGGACCCAACAACCUACCUCUGCAUCUUCAGCUCCUGCGGGUGGUGCUGUCAGUUCCACCGUACCAGCUCAAUCUUACAGUACUCGUCCCUGGGGCGGUUGGAGGACCGGAGGAUGGGGCAAUCGGUAG